GAGGACUGGGACCAGAAACCAGCCCAGAAUCAGGACCAGGAUCAGAAGCUGCAGCAGACACCCGACCACCAGACAGUAUGCAGUGUGUACGUUGUCCCGCCUUCUUCAUCCUCGUGGGGUUGGUUCUGUGCAAUCCGGUUUUCUCUCAGCCUGACAGAGAUCAGGACCAGUACCAAAACCAAGACCUGGACCUGGAGCUGCAUCAGCGCCGGCUGCUGCAAAAAGCUCGGAGUGCAGGACUCCUUACACAGGAGUGGAGUAAACGUGCGGUGGAGGACCUGCUGGCCCAGAUGUCUCUGCCCGAGGCCGACGCCCAGAGGGAUGCUGAGAUGGUCUCCACGGCCACAGGAGGAGGAAGGAUGAACCAGGAGCGGUCCAUCGAACCCCCCAACAACCUGCCCCCCCGCGAACGCAAAGCUGGGUGCAAGAACUUCUACUGGAAAGGCUUCACUUCCUGUUAAUGCCCCGCCCUUAUGUUUAGGCUCCGCCCAGCUGAGAUCACACCAAGCGACCAAUCGCAGAGACCUGCCCUUCACCUCAGCGACUGGACGGACCAAUCAGCAGCUGUGUGGCUGCACCUGAAUCAUUAUCAAUGUAAUUAUCAAUAAAAGACAAAUCUGAGAA